AUGGAUGCCCGUGAUGCAGAGACACUUCGCGGGCGGAUCUUGGAUCUCGAGACCCAGCUUCAAACCACCAAGGCUCUGCUUCGGCGCAUAGAGGGAUCAAAGUUGGGAUCUCAAGUCAUCGGGAGUACACCCUUCACUGCCCAGGUCUCUCUUCCGUUGGGCCCUUCGACACACAACCUGAUGCUCCUGUCAGACUCAGCCUUACCGCUGGGGUCAUUCGCAUAUUCCAACGGGUUGGAGUCUUUCCUCGCCCACCACAAGCCCAUCCAGUCCGGCCAACCGCAGCUGUCUUUAUUCCACAAAUUCCUGAAACUAUCCCUUCAAUCUGUUGCAUAUACAACUGUCCCAUACGCCGUCGCCGCCUUCCGCGACCCAUUGGAUCUGAUGGACCUGGACAAUGACCUGGAUGCUUCAACGCCGUGUAACGUGGCGCGAAGAGCCAGCAUCGCCCAGGGCCGCGCUCUUUUGAGUGUCUGGGAAAAGGCAUUUGCAGCCCCGGCCAAAGCUCACCGCCUCGAGGACUCCGAGGCGGCCGCUGCGAUCGAGGUCUUUGCCAGGGACCUGAAAAUCGGAGUCUUGUCCUCGGAUCCUCUCAAAGUGAAUGGGCAUCUCGCACCGUUAUGGGGCGUGGUUUGUCUUGCUCUCGGGCUGAACCUAGAAGAAUCCGGGUACCUGUUCCUGCUUAACCAUGCCAAAGCUGUUCUGAGCGCAGCAGUGAGAGCUUCGGUCAUGGGACCAUAUAUGGCACAAACCAUCCUCGCAGGCCACGAUCUACAGGAUCUAAUUCGCCACAGCUUGGAAAGAGUCUGGUUCCUACAGCCUGAAGAUGCCGGGCAGGUCGUACCAACUCUGGAUUUGUGGGUGGGAAGACAUGAGAUGCUGUACAGCCGAAUCUUCAACUCAUGA